AUGGAUAUCUUUAAACUACUCUCGAGAGGAGCGACUAUUCAGAGAAAUGGCAAGCAUCAGAAGGAUUUAGAACUGUUUAAUCCAAAUGCUACUGCUGCCAAGGAAGUGGCAGCAGGCUCUGAUUCGGUAGAUCUGAAGAUUGCAAAGGAAAUUGAUUUUUUCAAAAACGCAUCCAAGGCUGAUAAAAAGGCCAAAAAGGUGUCUAGUGAGACCAAUAAUAAAGAUAAAAAGGUGAAACAAAGUAACAAAAAUGUCAUUGAUAAUAGAAAUGACGAGGAUGACGAGGAGGAUGACGCUGUUAGUGUACCACUCUCUAUUACUUCUCCAGAAGAGGCCAGUGUUCAACGUAAAAAGUUCAAGAUCAAGACCACGGGUGACGAUAUUCCUCUUCCAAUUGGCUCGUUUGAAGAUUUGACGACGAGAUUCCAAUUACAUCGCCAUUUAUUGCGUAAUCUCGAGCAACAGAAUUUCUCAUCACCUACAGCGAUUCAGUCCGAGUCAAUUCCCAUUCUUCUUCAUGGAAGAGAUCUUAUUGCCUGUGCUCCAACUGGUUCAGGUAAAACAUUAGCAUUUAGUAUUCCUUUGGUCCAAUCUCUUAAAGAGCACAAAACAACCGGUAUAAGGUGCCUGAUAGUAUCUCCUACUAAAGAGCUGGCUACUCAAAUCUACAAUGAAGUCGUUAAGCUCUCAAGAGGUCGUGAUCUCAAUAUUUGCAUUUUAACAAAAGCAGCUGCUGCUAAAUUCAGAAAUGACGCUUUAUCGAGACAGAAAUUCGAUAUUCUCAUCACCACUCCUCUGCGUUUAGUGGAUGCUGUCAAAUCUGAAAUCAUCGACUUGUCUCAUGUUCAACACUUAGUACUCGAUGAAGCUGAUAAGCUAUUUGAACAAGGCUUCUUAGAACAGACUGACGAUAUUUUGGCUGCCUGUUCCAAUCCAAGAUUACAAAAAGCUCUCUUUUCAGCCACUAUUCCAUCUGGUGUAGAAGAGAUGGCCAAGACUAUAAUGCACUCACCUAUUCGUAUCAUUGUUGGUCAUAAGGAAGGUGCAUCGCAUGAUAUUGACCAGAAGCUAGUAUAUGCUGGAAACGAGCAAGGUAAACUUAUUGCCAUCAGACAAAUGAUUACUGGUGGUGAGGUAGUACCGCCAGUUAUCAUCUUCGUACAGUCGAUUCAGCGUGCCAAAGCAUUAUUCCAUGAGUUACUAUAUGACAAAGUCAAUGUUGAUGCUAUUCAUGGUGAACGUACACAAAAUCAAAGAGACAAAGUAAUUGAAAGAUUCAAGCAAGGUGAGAUCUGGGUUUUGAUCUGUACUGAUGUUUUGUCAAGAGGUAUUGAUUUCCGAGGGGUGAAUCUUGUUAUUAACUACGAUGUACCACAAUCCUCACAGUCGUAUGUGCACAGAAUUGGUCGUACUGGUCGUGCUGGACGUGCUGGUAAAGCAGUGACUUUCUUCACAAAGGACGACCACGACGCUGUGAAGAAUGUCGUCAAUGUCAUGAAACAAAGUGGCUGCGAUGUUGGUGAUUGGAUGCUCAAGAUGAAGAAAAUCACCAAAAACGACAAGAAGCAACUGAAGAAGAAACCUGUGGAGAGAACCGAGAUUUCCACUGUUCCAUCUGUCAUCCGUCAAAAGCGUAAGCAGCGGCGAGAUAUGGUUGAAGCUUCCAAAAAGCGAAAGCUUCACAGUACAGAUGAUGGUCCUGCCUCAGCCGAGCAAUCCUCUGAUGAAGCAUCUGAUUAG